AUGUAUGAAUUUCGAAGAGGCUUCCCUAAGACAUGUCGAUGUGGAGGAGCGGUUGUGAUGAAAACGNCUANGACCGCUAGAAAUCCGGGAAGAUUGUUUCAUGCUUGUCAAUACGGAUCAGAAGAGGAUAAAUGGUUUCAUGUGUUUAAGUGGACUGAUGAGUGUAUGGUUGAAGAGUUUGAGGAUUUGAUAGGAAAAGUAGAUGACAUCGAAAGAGGUUCGGCUAAGCUACAGAAGACAUUAGGAGCUUGUGAAUCAGAGAUCGAAACUCUGGAAAUGGAGACAAGACUUGUGAGGCUGUUGUUGAAAAGAAGAUUCGAGCUUGCAAAAUGGAGCUUCGUAGUUUGA